CUGGCCCCGCCCCGCCGCCCGCAGCCGCCGCGGCCCCGUGCCCGUGCCCGUGUCCGUGUCCGUGUCCGUGGACGUGGACGUGGACGAUGGUGGCGGCCCGGGGCGCUGCCGCCCGCCGCGGAGCGCUGCUGCUGCUGCUCACCGCCCUCGGAUCCUUCCGUCUGCGCCUCGCCCGUGCCGCAGCGUCGUGUCCCCGGAGCCUGGACUGUGCCCUGCAGCGCCGGGAGUUCUGCCCGCCGGGCUCGGGAGCCUGUGGGCCCUGCCUGCCCCCCUUCCAGGAGGAUGACCACGGGCGCUGUGUCCAGAGGCAGCUCUCACCCAGUGGACGGACCUCUAUUCCCAGCUUGGAGGCAGAAAUUGAUUUUCUUGCGGAUGUGCUGGCCAGGCAGGAGGCUCCUCGCCACCACCCACUACAGGAUGGCAGACCUAGGACCACUCUGGUGCCCAACAGUGGCAGACAGCGUGUGGCCAGUGGGCUGAGAGAGGGGCGUCUGCAGCAGGGUCCCGCCGGCACCAUGGCAGCCACCACCCUCCCCACCACUGCCACCGUCCAGAAGUACCCGGUGGAGGCGUCCCCCAUCCCUGAAAAUGACAACAUGGUGCUCGGGCUGAUCGUGGUGUGCACGGUGGCUGGGAUCUCAGCGCUGAUCGUGGCAGCCAUCUGCUGGUACAGGCUGCAGAAGGAGGUCAGGCUGGCACAGAAAGCAGACUACUCAGCCCAGCGAGUAGCCAGCCCCCUGCCCUAUGACAAGAUCUCGCCUGGGGAUAAGACGCUGGCUCAGAGUGCCCAAAUGUACCACUACCAGCACCAAAAGCAGCAGAUGCUCUCCCUGGAGAAGCAUAAAGAGGAGCCCAAGCUGCCGGACUCAGCAUCAUCUGAUGAGGAGAAUGAGGAUGGAGACUUCACCGUGUAUGAAUGCCCUGGGCUGGCUCCGACUGGAGAAAUGGAAGUGAGAAACCCGCUGUUUGACGACUCGUCCCUGCACCCCUGCAGCCCCAAGCCGCAGCAGUAACGCCCCGUGUCCUGCGCCCAGUGGGGCGGCCGAGCCGGGGAGCGCCCGCAGCUGGGCCGAGGGACGCUGCCAGACUGUUCGACGCCUGCCCAAUAAACACCCACUAACAGCUAUGGGGGGGGAUCGCCCCCGUUUCCAGCGUCCUUGUCCUCUUUGCUGCUGUGAUCGCGUCCCUGCAUUGCCGUUUGCUCACAGCUCUCGCGGGCGCAGGGGGGCGGCUGCUUUGGUACAGAAAUUGGUGGGGGAAGGGGGGGCUGCGGUGCUGUCCCUUUGUAGUUGGCUCUGAGGAGGGGGCUGCUGCCCUAGCUGAAGUUAGGCUGAUGCAUAGCAGCUGGGAAGGAGCCAGAGAGAAGGUCAGAAAGCAGAAGAGGGCCAGGAGGGCUGGGCACGCUCAUGCCUGGCAUCAGGGCUGCCGGCCUGCUCAGAGCACCUCUGCCACGGAUGGAGCCUUUUCCUGGAGCAGCUGGCAUCACUGAGGGCUUCAGUGCCCAUUCUCCUCCAGCCCUGCCUGGGCAGCUCCUGGCAGCAGGAUAGAGCUCCAGGAGCCAACGGCAGGAGCAGCUCAAGCAGGCACUGGCAUCAGUCCCCAGGCUGCUCCUUCAGAUGCUGCCCUGUGCUCUGACCCCAGUAAGAGUGCUGGGCUUCAGGACAGUCCCAGUGCCACUGAGGCCUGGGAGCCAUCAGUCUGUGCGGGCAGAGGAUGGGCUCUCUCUUACUCCAGGCCUCAGCGGGGUAAAAGCUCAGAAAAAGUGUUCAAGGUUUUGUUUUUAAGCUUAUUUGGCUGUGGGGGAGGAAGGAAUAGGACUGGAGGGAGCUGGGGUGGCUUGAGAGGGCUAGCCAAGGCAUGGGGGCUUUGCUGUGCUGUUUCAAACCCCACAGAGCCCAUGCCCGGGCAGCAUACCUGUGGAGCCUGACACUGUGCAUUCUCUGAGCAUCCCUCUGUGGCAGGUGACAGUCUCCGCUGCUCCAUCCCAGGCACCUCUUGAGCCCCAGGCACUCCCUGCACCCCUAUGUUGCCCACAUCCAGCCUCACCAACAUGUUCUUGCUUGGAGCCCAGUGCUGCUCCUCCAACCCUCCCAGGUGCGUAGGCCAUGAACCCCUCCAGUGGAAGGCCCAGAACAGGGUUUGGGUUACUUUGCACAGGCGUGGCUUCAUGUCCAGGCCCUGUUGUGGACUGUCACAGGCACAGGUCACCGUGUAUGCUCACCGGAGCCAUUGCACACUCAGGCAGGCAUGGGCAGGGCAGGCAGCAGUGGCAGAGCUGUGCUGGUGAGUGGUGGUGGCAUGGGACCGUCCCUGUCCCUGUCCCUGGCAGGGUGGCUGACAGAGGCCAUCACGGCACAGAUUCUGUCCCCAUGUCUGCGCUCCCCCUCCCCUGGGCUGCUGCCACUCUUCCCACACCUCUCGUUGUUGUAUGAAUUGUAGUUCUUUUAAAAGGAGAUUUUAUUAAACGACCAUGUUUGAGACCCA